AUGAGAGAGGUUAUUAGCUUGAACGUCGGCCAGGCCGGUUGCCAGAUCGCAAACUCCUGCUGGGAGCUCUACUGUCUCGAGCAUGGCAUCCAGCCCGAUGGCUACCUCACUGAGGAGCGCAAGGCUGCUAACGAUGACCAUGGCUUCAGCACCUUCUUCUCUGAGACCGGCCAGGGCAAGUACGUUCCCCGUACCAUCUACGCCGACCUCGAGCCCAAUGUUGUCGACGAGGUCCGCACCGGUGCCUACCGCGGCCUGUUCCACCCCGAGCACAUGAUUACCGGCAAGGAGGACGCCUCGAACAACUACGCUCGUGGUCACUACACCGUCGGCAAGGAGCUCAUCGACCAGGUCCUUGACAAGGUUCGCCGCGUUGCCGAUAACUGCGCUGGUCUGCAGGGUUUCCUUGUCUUCCACUCCUUUGGUGGUGGUACCGGCUCCGGUUUCGGUGCUCUGCUCAUGGAGCGUCUGUCCGUCGACUACGGCAAGAAGUGCAAGCUCGAGUUCUGCGUCUACCCGGCCCCCCAGGUCGCCACCUCGGUUGUUGAGCCCUACAACUCCAUUCUUACCACUCACACCACUUUGGAGCACUCCGACUGCUCUUUCAUGGUCGACAACGAGGCCAUCUACGACAUCUGCCGCCGUAACCUUGGUAUUGAGAGGCCUAACUACGAGAACCUGAACCGCCUGAUCGCUCAGGUCGUUUCCUCGAUUACCGCCUCGCUCCGCUUCGACGGUUCCCUGAACGUCGACCUGAACGAGUUCCAGACCAACUUGGUCCCUUACCCCCGUAUCCACUUCCCUCUGGUUGCCUAUGCCCCCGUCAUCAGCGCCGCCAAGGCCGCCCACGAGGCCAACUCUGUGCAGGAGAUCACCAUGUCCUGCUUCGAGCCCAACAACCAGAUGGUCAAGUGCGACCCCCGCAACGGCAAGUACAUGGCUACCUGCCUGCUCUACCGCGGAGACGUCGUCCCCAAGGACACCCACCAGGCCGUUGCCACCCUCAAGACCAAGCGCACCAUCCAGUUCGUCGACUGGUGCCCGACUGGUUUCAAGAUUGGUAUCUGCUACCAGCCCCCGCAAAUCGUCCCCAACGGCGAUCUCGCCAAGGUCGACCGCGCUGUGUGCAUGCUGUCCAACACCACCGCCAUCGCCGAGGCUUGGUCGGCUCUGUCGCACAAGUUCGACCUUAUGUACUCGAAGCGUGCCUUCGUCCACUGGUAUGUUGGUGAGGGUAUGGAGGAAGGUGAGUUCAGCGAGGCCCGUGAGGACCUGGCUGCUCUCGAGAGGGACUACGAGGAGGUUGCCGCCGACUCGCUCGGCGAGGAGGAGGGUCUUGAGGCUGAGUACUAG